UGUUAUUUAGAUGUAUAUAUAUAGUGAUACGAAUCCGCGGAGUCUCUGCAAUUUCCCUCUCCUUCAAAGCCUUUUCUCUUCUCCUCUGAAAUCUCGCUCUAAGAUUUCGUCGUUUAUCUUUCUCCAUCUGGAUUUUGAUUGAGCUCUCUCUUCUUUCGUCUUAAUUGGUUUCACUAUGUCUUCUUAUACCCCUAAGAACAUCCUCAUAACUGGGGCAGCUGGUUUUAUUGCGUCACAUGUCGCUAACCGGCUCAUAAGGAACUACCCAGACUACAAGAUUGUUGUGCUUGACAAGCUUGAUUACUGCUCGAACCUGAAAAACCUCCUUCCUUCCAAGUCAUCUCCGAACUUUAAGUUUGUGAAAGGUGACAUUGGUAGUGCUGACCUUGUUAACUACCUCCUUAUUACCGAGUCUAUCGACACAAUAAUGCACUUUGCAGCCCAGACUCAUGUUGAUAACUCGUUUGGAAACAGCUUUGAGUUUACCAAGAACAAUAUCUAUGGCACUCAUGUCUUGCUUGAAGCUUGCAAAGUCACUGGUCAAAUCAGGAGGUUCAUCCAUGUCAGCACUGAUGAGGUUUAUGGUGAGACGGAUGAGGAUGCUGUUGUAGGAAACCAUGAGGCUUCCCAACUUCUCCCAACAAAUCCGUACUCUGCUACAAAAGCUGGUGCUGAAAUGCUUGUUAUGGCGUAUGGUAGGUCAUAUGGGCUGCCUGUGAUAACAACCCGUGGAAACAACGUUUAUGGUCCCAACCAGUUCCCUGAAAAGUUGAUUCCAAAGUUCAUUCUCCUAGCAAUGAGGGGAAAGACUUUACCAAUUCACGGUGAUGGUUCUAAUGUGAGGAGUUAUUUAUACUGUGAGGAUGUGGCCGAGGCAUUUGAAGUCAUUCUUCACAAGGGUGAAGUUGGCCAUGUUUAUAAUAUUGGAACAAAGAAGGAGAGGAGAGUGAUUGAUGUGGCCAAAGAUAUCUGUAAGCUUUUCUCGAUGGAUCCAGAGACCAGCAUCAAGUUUGUUGAAAACAGACCAUUCAAUGACCAGAGGUAUUUUCUUGAUGAUGAGAAGCUGAAGAACUUGGGAUGGUCCGAGCAAACUGUAUGGGAAGAGGGGCUGAAGAAGACCAUUGAAUGGUACACUCAGAAUCCCGAAUGGUGGGGCGAUGUGUCUGGUGCAUUGCUUCCUCACCCUAGAAUGCUGAUGAUGCCUGGUGGGAGACACUUCGAUUCUGAAGAGGGAAAAGGUACAUCAUUUGCAAGUGGACCUAAUCAGACCCGAAUGGUGGUUCCAACCUUCAAAACUAGUAGCAGCACGCAAAAACCAGCCUUGAAGUUCUUGAUCUAUGGCAGGACUGGCUGGAUUGGAGGUCUGCUUGGUCAGUUAUGUGAGAAACAAGGUAUUCCCUUUGAAUAUGGAAGAGGACGAUUGGAAGAUCGUUCAUCCCUUAUGGCAGAUAUUCAGAAUAUAAAGCCAACCCAUGUUUUUAAUGCUGCUGGUGUGACUGGUAGGCCCAAUGUUGAUUGGUGUGAGUCUCACAAAACAGAAACAAUUCGCACCAAUGUGGCUGGAACCUUGACCUUAGCAGAUGUUUGCAGAGAACAUGGGCUUUUGAUGAUGAAUUUUGCUACAGGGUGUAUAUUCGAGUACGAUGCAGGACAUCCUGAGGGCUCCGGCGUUGGGUAUAAAGAGGAAGACAAACCCAAUUUCACUGGUUCCUUUUAUUCAAAAACCAAGGCUAUGGUUGAAGAGCUGUUGAAAGAAUAUGACAACGUCUGCACUCUCAGAGUUCGAAUGCCGAUCUCAUCUGACCUAAACAACCCUCGUAACUUUAUUACCAAGAUUGCACGCUACAACAAGGUGGUCAACAUUCCCAACAGCAUGACAAUCUUGGAUGAACUUCUGCCUAUUUCUAUCGAGAUGGCUAAAAGGAACUUGAACGGUAUCUGGAACUUUACAAACCCUGGGGUUGUAAGCCACAAUGAGAUCCUGGAGAUGUAUAAGGCUUACAUUGACCCAAAGUUUCAGUGGGUGAACUUCACAUUGGAAGAACAAGCCAAGGUUAUAGUUGCCCCUCGAAGCAAUAAUGAGAUGGACGCAUCCAAGUUGAAGAACGAGUUCCCCGAUCUGCUACCAAUCAAGGAAUCACUGAUUAAGUAUGUCUUUGAACCCAACAAGAGAACCUGAGCCUUUUGAGCAGCAGUUUACAGGAAUAGAAUUCGGUAUUAUCCUAUGUUUUUUUCUUCAUUUAGUUAUUGCCUGGAAUAUCUUUUCAGUUUAAUUCAUUUGUUAUAAUCUUGUCUUCCACCUUAUUAGUUUCCACUAGAUAACUCUUAAGGUGUUACUAUUAGAUUUAAACCAUUCAUUGUUAGUAGCUGCACCAAGCAGUAUCCUAGUCUGUACGUCCAUUCUUGAAGAAACAAUCUAUAGGUGCUUUACAAAUUGUCAUCUGCAGGCUGACAGGUGUAUUAUUUGGCAUUACAUUAGUUGAAUGUUAUGACUUUCAACAGUCACCUACUGGUCUAUGAUGGAGGAAAUUCCAUCUAUCUCUUAUUACUCAGAUGAGUGAAUUAUUUAUGUAUUUGAGUCUCUCAAUUGUCCUUUGUGCAACUACAUUAUAUUACUCAGUAUACCAGUCCUUUGACUGAAAUAAGAGUAUAUAUUUUCUUUUCA